AAUAUCUGAAGUACUUUGUUAAAGUUCUUUCCUUUUUUUUUUAAAUACAUUGAAAAUAUUUGCUGGCAGUAUAACUUUUUGUAGAAAAAUCGUACGGAAAACACUUCUAAAUAAUAGGUGAAAAUGAAGAUCCCAUGUAUGAUUUUUUUCUUCUUGACAACAUUACCAAGUAAUAAACUCGUCACGACAAACGCCUACGAAAUCGUUAAGCUCAACCGCACAGCGGACCCAUGGAGUUUCGAGUACCAUCAGAACAGCGACGAGGCCAGAACCUCGAAGAAGCUUCCCCCACUACCACCCAAUGUCAACAAACAUCCGCGCCUUCCUCUGGUAAAUCGCGAAAACUGUGGCAUCUCCAGUAAUCAUCAGCCUUUCAUAUUUGGUGGCAGCAAAACCCAUCUGUUUGAAUAUCCAUGGAUGGCUCUGAUCGGUUACAUUGCAGACGACAAUGAACGCCCGCGUGGAAGCUCAGUCGUGCCGGUUUUUCGCUGCAGCGGUACCAUUAUCAACCGUCGAUACGUACUCACUGCUGCUCACUGUCUUGUUGAUCUGCCCAAGGGGAUGAAGGUAUCGUUCGUAAGGGUCGGUGAGUACAAUCUUAACAGGAUGAGAGACUGCGAGCGCCUCGACGAAGGCACCAUAACAAUUUGUGCCAAUGAGCAUCAAGACAUCGGUAUCGAAAGCACCCACUCGCACAAAGGAUACUCGGAUGUCAGUUGGCGCAAUGACGUCGCACUCAUCAGACUGAACGCGACGUUAAAGUUCGAGAAUCAGCACAGCGUCCUUCCGAUUUGUUUGCCCUUGAACGCGACCUUUCGCAUAGCAACGACCACGAGAGGCAGCACCGUCACAGCCACAGGUUGGGGCGUAACGAGUCUGGGGUCUCAAAAGAGCCUAAGUCCCAAACUAAUGAGGGCCGAGUUGGCUCUGCAACCCCUCGAGCGUUGCUCCAGAGCCUUUGCGAACCGAUUGUUCGUCAAACUCUGGCAUAAACAGAUCUGCGCUGGGGGUAAUGGCAGUACCGGGAGUACUUGCACCGGCGACAGCGGUGGUCCCCUGCAAACCAUCGUGUCGUUACCGAACGGAGAGACUAGGAUCGUCCAGAUUGCCGUUAUCAGCUUUGGUCUGACGGAAUGCUCUGGAGAUGGCGCCUACGGGGUUUACACGGAUUUGGCGUACUACGUCGAUUGGAUACUCGACCAGCUCACGGAAUGA